AUGUUCAAGCAGAUCGACAUUGAGUCGCUGGUGGGGCCCGUCGUGGCGCAGGUGGCAGAGAAGCUGGGCGGAUCCAGAAUCGGCAAAAAAUUUCUGUACCCGAGCUGUUUGAGGGUGCACUUCUCGAUGCUGUUCCUACCACGGCUGCUGGAGCACAGUGGGCCUCAGACGGCGUUUAGGUUCAUGGACUGGGCGCAGACGCCGCCAAGCCCGCGGCUGGUUAGAGCAUUUGUUCUGUUUUUCCUGCGACGGCAGCCGUGCGAGAUCUGGAACGCGGUGGCUGCCAUCAAUUAUUUCCGCACGCACUACGGGUACAGAUGUGAUGCGAAAUACGACAAGCAGCUGGCGUUCAAGCCGCUGUACAACGCUGCGCGCGAACGGCAGCUGGACGUGCGAGUGCUCAAAGUGCUGUACCGCGAGUCAUUCUGGCGGGACCGGGACGGGGUUGUGCGCUGUGCCGUGAAGGAAUCGCGGCUUGACCGAGCCGUCGCAGAGCCGCUCUCCGAGAGCGACCGUGCGUGGGCACAGGACGUGAUGGACAUUUGCUGGCCUGUCGACCAGGCGGGCUCGCCGCUCAAAACAGAGGUCAUUAGAAGAACCUGGUGUCGGCACGUUUUGCCGGUCCCGCUGGCGGAGACCACGCCUGCAGAGACCUCUAACGACGGGCAGCACAAGGCCGUGGAUCCUGAGCACACGCCGGCGGCCGGAGUGUGUCUGGACGCCGCGAAACUACAGUCUGCUACGGCCGGCGGCCUCUCGCGUGGACUCAGCUAG